AAUGUCCAAAUUUUAAUAAGAUGGUAUAACCAUCUGUUCACUGGGAGGGUUCCAGAAGUGGCCUUCCAGUGCCCAACAUUCCUUCACUCCUCAUAAAUGUGGAUUAAGGGUAUAAAAUUUGUCAUGACUAUUUUCAAGAUUGUUAAAUAAUUUACGUCGCAUUAUAAGGAUUAUUUAUAGAAAUUCAAUGGCAAACCUAUUUAAAUGCCUGUGAGGAUUCUUACUUCUCCAAAAGAAGGUAAUAAUUAAUUUAAAUUCAAUAGGAAAAUAUAAUGAUGGUUAUGACAAUGAAAAUCAUGAUCUCAUAAUCAGAUAAUAUGACAAAUUAUACAACAGCAAAAAGAAUAUGUAAGUUAUGUGAGAUCUAUUGUUAAGAACAUAUAUUUGUGAGGCUCUCCUAGGUUCAGGAACAUUUGGCUAAGUGAUCAAAUGUAGCAUAGAAGGAACAAAACAAUAAGUUGCAAUAAAGGUAUUAAAUUAGGAGGAUAAUUAGAUCAUAAAAAAUUAAUGUGCAUUUCAUCAAUAAUAAAAAAUAGAAAUUCGUGUAUUAAGAACUCUCUAAACAUUCUCAAAAGAUUAAAAUAUUUAAAAAAAUUGUAUAAUCUAACUAAAUGAUUAAUUUUUACACAAAAAACAUGCUUGCCUAGUUUUCCCUUUGAUGGCAUAAAAUUUACUUGAAGUGAUGAAAACAAAUAAAUAUGAAGGAUUUAGCGUGUCGCUAGUCCGAAAAUUUCUCAAUCAAAUAGUAACAGGACUUACAGUUGCUGAACUAUGUGGAGUUGUUCAUGCUGAUCUGAAACCAGAGAAUAUAAUGAUAGAAUAAAAAUAACCUAUAUUAGAUGAUUGUAAUCUUUAAAUAAUUGAUUUUGGAUCCAGUUGUUUUUUGAAUGAGAAACAUCCAUAUAUUUAUAUUCAAAGUAGAUUUUAUAGAGCUCCUGAAAUUAUUUUAGAGAAUCGUAAUUAUACAAGUAAAUAAUAUUGGAAUAUUAUUUUUUAGCUAAAAUUGAUAUUUGGAGUUUAGGUUGCAUUGCAGUAGAAUUAUUAUUAGGUAGUCCACUUUUUCCAUGUUGGGACUAAUACUCUUGUUUAGAAAGAAUUAUACAAGUGACUAGUCCUAUCAUAAGUAACAUAAACAUAUACUAUAUUUUAGCUAAAUAGGGAUAUGUGAAAAAUGCACCUGCAUCAUUAAAAUACUUUAACUAACUUUAAAAUGAUACUUUUUAAUUAAAAUCUAGAGAGUAAUUCACAGCUGAAUAUCCUUAAAUCUAAACCAAAGAAGGGUAUAAUUCAACUCAUCCAAUUAAGAAAUUAACAGAUCUAGCAUAAUAUUAUAAUUAAUAAUCUACAAAAGGUAUAUAUGAAUAUCAUAAUUGAUUAGAUUAGCCUACAUUCAAUUAAUUUAUAGACUUCGUGUAGAAAUGUCUUGAAUGGGAACCAAGUGCUAGGAUGUCUGCCUAGGAUGCUAGUUAACACCCAUUUUUGACCGGACAAAACUAAGGAUUUGACAUCAAUAUUGAUUUAGAGGACUUGUUUGCAAAAUUGGAUACUUAAUCUAAUUAAAGUAGUACUUCCUCUUUUUAUGAAGACCAACCAGAGUUCUGAG